AUGUCCUACCUCCCUAACACUGAAGUUCUGAACCACGUCGAGUCAACCAAGCCUUACUUCCCAGGCAAAUUAAUGCCUGACGUCUCUUUUCGGCACUGUCCUGGUGUGCCCAGGGUCCGCGACUGGCGAGGCCGAGCGAGCGGCGUGCCUGAUUGCCGAAGCAGGCAGAGCCUCCGGAGCGGCGAGAAGAAGGCAGGGGGAGUCAGAGCAGCCGAGGAGGAGGAAGAGGAGAGGGCGGCGCAGGGGCGCGAGCGGCAGAGCCAGGCGGCGAGAAGCAACAGGAGGAGGAGGAGCAGCAGGAGAAGCGCCUUGAAGGACACGCGCGGCCCCACCAGGAGCGGCGGCGGGGAAGGGGAGCGGCAGCCAGGACGGGGAGGAGGCGGCGGCGGCGGCGGCGGACGGGGAGGCGAGCGGCGGGGCUGCUGCAGCAGCGAGCGGCUGGUGAUCAACAUCUCCGGGCUGCGCUUCGAGACGCAGCUGCGCACCUUGGCCGCCUUCCCGGACACGCUGCUGGGCGACCCGCGGCGCCGCGUGCGCUACUUCGACCCGCUGCGCAACGAGUACUUCUUCGACCGCAACCGGCCCAGCUUCGACGCCAUCCUGUACUACUACCAGUCGGGCGGGCGGCUGCGCAGGCCCGUCCACGUGCCCUUGGACAUCUUCCUGGAGGAGAUCCGCUUCUACCAGCUGGGCGAGGAGGCCAUCGAGACCUUCCGCGAGGACGAGGGCUUCAUACAGGAGGAGGAGAAGCCCCUGCCCCAGCCCCACUUCCAGCGCCAGGUCUGGCUCCUCUUCGAGUACCCCGAGAGCUCCGGGCCGGCCCGGGGCAUCGCCAUCGUCUCCGUCCUGGUCAUCCUCAUCUCCAUCGUCAUCUUCUGCCUGGAGACCUUGCCCGAGUUCCGCCAGGAGAGCAAGGGGGGCUCCGGCAGCUUCCGCGACGGCGGCCAGGGGGGCUUCCGGCCGGACUUCCCAGACGAGGACCUCCUGUUCUUGCUGCCCCACCAGCCGGAGGGAGGGACCCAGGCGCCUCUCCAGCCCCACGCGGGCACCAGCCCCUUCUUCACGGACCCCUUCUUCCUCAUCGAGACCCUCUGCAUCAUCUGGUUCUCCUUCGAGCUGCUGGUGCGCUUCUUCGCCUGCCCCAGCAAGCCCGAGUUCUCCAGGAACAUCAUGAACAUCAUUGACAUAGUGGCCAUCAUCCCCUACUUCAUCACCUUGGGCACGGAGCUGGCGCAGGAGCAGCAGAAGAGGGAGCAGCCCGGCGCCGCCGGCAACGGGGGUCAGCAGCAAGCCAUGUCCUUGGCCAUCCUCCGGGUCAUCCGCCUGGUGAGGGUCUUCCGGAUCUUCAAGCUCUCCCGGCAUUCCAAGGGGCUGCAGAUCCUGGGGAAGACCCUCCAGGCCAGCAUGAGAGAACUGGGACUCCUCAUCUUCUUCUUGUUCAUCGGGGUGAUCCUCUUCUCCAGCGCUGUCUAUUUUGCUGAGACCGACGACCCGGAUUCCCUGUUCACGAGCAUCCCGGAUGCCUUUUGGUGGGCGGUCGUGUCCAUGACCACGGUGGGCUAUGGAGACAUGUACCCCAUGACCAUUGGGGGCAAGAUUGUGGGGUCGUUGUGUGCCAUUGCGGGCGUGCUCACCAUUGCCUUGCCCGUGCCCGUCAUUGUGUCCAACUUCAACUACUUCUACCACCGAGAAACUGAUCAGGAGGAGCAGACCCAAUACACUCACGUCACCUGUGGCCAGCAGCAAUCUCCUUUCUUGGAGCCCGGGAAAGGGGAGAGCAGCCAGUCGCUCAGCAAGUCUGACUUCCUGGAGGCAGAAGACUUAGAAUCGAUGAAAUACUCCAAUUUCAUUCCAGCCGGCAACCAGGCUUAUAAGGAGAACAAAUUGUUGACGGAAGUUUGAUGGGCUUGUGGGACGUCAAGGUCACCAGGAGACCCCGAAAGUGCCAUCUGGUCAGGCCAGCUGGUUCCGGUCUCCUCAGACUGCUGUUGAUCCCUCCUGUCUUCGCAGCGGAGGAACAGCGAAAACACCAAGUCCGGGUGACUGAAAAUUAUGUAUGCAUACAAAAAAGCAACUGGGAUUUGGGACCCUGGUUUGCUUUGCCCCGUAGGCUUCUGCAUUGGAUGAUGAUCAUCUGUCCCAGCCCUGGGACAGUCACCUGUCACGUGGUCAUGAGGUGGGAUCCUUUUUUAUUUCAGCAGCUGCCCGAUGGAUCAUUUUUUCUCAUCUCCAAACAAACAAAAAACCUAAAAGUCAAGGCAAGGUUGCAGGUUGUCUCGGGAUGGGCCGCACGGGCUAAGAAUGUACAUUAUGUUUUUCGCCGCCCGAUCAGUCCCAGCCUCUGUGAUGCUCCCUUUGAGAAAUGGAAACUCUGCAUCAGGCAUUGUAGUGUGUUGUCCGGUAACCGUAGGAAGGAUCAACAAGCUGGCAAGAUCCCCUUUGAUGUGACACCUGCGCCCUGUGGAGCUGCUUGCUUGCAAACGCUCAAGGCUGAGAAAGUAUCCACUGGGUUGCCACCAAACAGCCUUGACGUCUGCAGCUGGCCCUGGAUCAAGGCUGGUUAUCUUGUUAGCAUCUGGGAAGACUCAUGUUGCCAUCUUUCCAUUCUCUACAUGCGCACCUUGCAGUCACCGGGCGUGGGGGAAAUGGUGUAUCGUCUUGGGGAUUUUUUCCCAGUUGCAGACUGUGUUCCAAACGAACAAAUGGUGCCACAGGAAUGCUGGGCAUAAAGGGCGAGAGAGCAGGGAAACACACUUCCUUUCUGACCCAUACCAUUCAGACAACGGGGUUUGGGGUCAGGGGAGCUCCUCAAGAGUUUUCUCAAUGGAAGCCCCCCCCCCCCAUGCUUGUGAAAGAACAUUUUUGGGAUGAGGGAGCUAGAGAAAAGUGGGUACAAUUGCAGAAAAUGGAGGGGGGAAUCAGUUCUCCCCUGCACUGUCCCAGACCCUUGUGUCCAAGGGGGCCAGAGGGAGGAUUUCCCAGUUAGUUUGGAGCUGCCGGUACUGCCAUUUUGGGUUGGGUCCAUUUGCGCCUGCCCUGCCAUAAGAUGUAAUCAAAGCAAGUGUAGCAAUUCCUUGUUCUCUGAAUUGCCUUUCCUAAGCCAGCUUGGCUUCCAAGACCACCUUUGGUUUCAUGUGGGCAUUACCCGUUUUGUAUACACGUGCCUUCCUUUGCGGGAAACAUGGCUGACCCCAGAUGUUUAUUUUUCAUCUGGAAGCUGGAGGUGGAAAUGAAAUGUCACUUGUGCUACGUUCUGCCAGCUGUGUAGCUCAGAGCAGCGCUGAAGGCAGACUUGAGAUAUAACGGGAGCUGACAGGGGGCUCUUAGCCAUUGGGCUUUGCAGAUGAAAUGACAGCUGUCUAUUCCAGUGAGCCAUCUGAUGAUUCAAGCCACCGUGUGUUGACUAUCCCCAUUCAGGUGAGCUGCCUGUCUUUUUCACUUUCUGAAGUGCUGAAGUGAAGAUUCAUUUACCACCCUGCUCAUUUAAAAAAAAAAAGGUAUUUUGAAAAGUGAAAAUGCGCUGCAAGUGUUGGUGGGGAAACGGGUUCUUCGGUGAUGGCAUGGGCACUAGCCACUUUCCAAGCAUACCCAGCUUCUGAUAUAAAAUGUAUGGAACUCUCCCUCCUUCCCCCACCCAACCUUGACUUUAGAAAGCAGCUGUGUGUCUGAACUGAGUUGCGGCGAGGAUAUUUCCACAUUGCCUUUGCUGCUUACAGUAUCGCAUCUGCCUUCACCCUGCAUCAAGUUUAAGAAACCCUACCUCAGCAUCAUCCGGAGAAGCGCCGCUGUGGUCUGUCAGAAGGAUCUUCUGUGCCCGAAGGCUGCAGGGUGACAUUUCCGAUUCAACCGGUCUCAGAAAUGAGAAACAGCUCAGUUGGAAUCCUUGGAACUUUGCUGCCAGUCAGGGUUGUCAAUACUGAUGAGGUGCUGGCAGUCUUUUAAUCUCAAAGGAAGAUGCUGGAUUCGAGUAGGGUUGAAAGGGAAUUAACUGGAAGCCCCUACUAGUGAUAUUAAACUUUAGCAAGCUUCUCAUGGAGAUGAAGAAAAACGCAUGCCAAGAGAAUUCAACCGAACAGAAUGUAAAGCUGGAAAAGGAGGCCUUUUCAUACUGUGCUCAAGAGAACUCGGUGAUCAUCGGGAGAAAAGGGAAACUGGUGUUCAUACACAUCUGCGUUAGCAACAGAAAUUGAUGUCAAAAUCAAAGAGCACGGCAGUCAACCCCUUACAAACGAACGAGAUUGAAGGAGUAAGUCGGUCUGAUCGCCUGCAGAGCAGCAAAGCUUGGAUGGCAGUGGUGAAAUGUAGCCUUGGAAGAGCAAUCCACAGACUGUUGUUCUUUGAGCACAGAAACCAGGAGCUGAAAUGACAGGGGAUCAUCAAAACAGAUGUCCUUUCUUACCCGCAAGAUCGUGUCUUUCACAUCUGCUUUAAAAAAAAAUCUGGACUCGGUUGCGCAGAAAAAAAAAUGUUGUGCUAACAUUUAUUUAUUUACGAAACCUAGACUGAUUUUCUAUUAACAUGAUCCCAAACGGGGUAAAAAAAUUAAGAGCGAGCUUGAAACAGAGGGAAGGAACAAACUGGCAGCAAAUAAGAAGCCCAUAACCCGUCGGCAAAAUGCCAAGCGGCAAAACAGGAGAAAUUGAUUUUCAGGCCCAGUCAAUAAUUUUCCAGCUUCCUGGAAUUGGAAAUCCUUUGCUGAGAACUUAAGCAGCUAGAAAGACCUUCGUGUCGCCUGUGUAGGGUGCCAAGGCAAAACAAGUCCCUUCGACAGAUAACUGUUCAUCAGAUGUCUCCCAUAUGUGGAAUAUUCACCUGGCUCGCCUAAGCAAAACUUCCUAAUUAGUGAGGUUCACACAAGAACAGGAUUCGCUGACACUGGACCUACGAAAAGCAGCACAAUGCUAUUCUUUGGGACACUGAAGAAAUGCCUAAAGGAUUCGUUCCUCUUUCUCUCUGUUCUCUCUUUUACUGUGCAAACUUACAAACGUUGUCAAGUCCACAAGACUUAAAAUCAACGUCAAACAAAGAUCCAUGAAAGUUUACCACUGUAGCUACAAGUGUUCAGCUGUGAUGUGUAGAUCCUCUAUCUGUAAGAUGUGUCUCAUGUAUAGAAGUGUGUGGUGAGCUGUCUUAUUUGUCUGUAGAGCCAGUAUUUGUCCUAGACUUGUAGUCUGACACUGGUUUGUUAAAGGGGGGUGGGGUUAAGAUUUUUGGCAGCGUUUGGGAGAGCCACCAAAAUAGCAUUGUUAGGGUACUUCAUGUAUUUCAGAAAGCCUAUUAACUAAAAACUACAUACAUUUUAAAUACCUGAAAGAUCCUAAAAGUUUCUGCUGCCAAUAUUCUCCUUAUUCUUCUGUUGAGUAAUAGGGGGGGUAUUGCCCUCUUUCCAGUACUAUCUGGAAAAGGAGGGCGGGGAACCAAGGUUUACACAAUUUUUUUAAAAAGAGAGAGAUGAUGCCAGAGAUGUGCUCAUUACAGCCACCAUAAUGCCUUGGGUGGUUUCCUAUCUGGUCUGCGGUCUCAGCGAUAGGCAACUAUGGAGAAAUGUGGGAAUACUGGACCUGAUUUAUGUGCUACAGCUGGGCCCAAAUGCCCUCUUGUGCUUGUGCUAACAUACCACAAACUCUGCAGCAAUGCCCACUUCUGGUAUCCAUUUUGCUGGCUAGCCAGGUUUGGAAAUCAACUCUUGCUGUGGAUUGGCUACUCUCUUCUUGUGGCAAACCCAGUGCAUAGUUAUGAUCGUAACAAAGCAGAACAGGCAACAAGUCUUGCAUUUCCUGCUUUCAUCCAUGGUGUUGUUGCUAUGAAAACCUCAAGAGAAUGGGUCGGUACAAGGUAGCAUGAAGAUGAGGCAAUGACAUGUGAGCACCCAUCCUGCCACUCAAACACUUCCAUGUGUCCAAAGUCUUUGCCCUUUGAGACUUUAGAAGAAAUGUUGCCUUGUAUGGCACUGGUCUUAGAUCAGGGAAGGGAAAAAAGAAGAGGUAAAUUAUGUCCCUACUCGGCCUCCGCAAUCUGCAUAGGCAAAUUUGCUGGUGGUCCCCGGCCCCUCAAUGAUGUG